CAGCCAAAAGAGCCUAUGCGCGCGGUGGGCGGGUCCCCGCUCCCGGAAGCGUGCCUGCUGCCGGCGGCGGCGGCCGGAGCAGCGGGCGAUGCGAUGGCCGGGAGUGGGGAAGCGCUCCGCGCGCUGCUCCGCGCCGCCAACGCGCUCCUGCAGCAGCGCCGGUACCGCGCCGCGCUCGCCGUGCUCAAGGGCUUCCGCAACGGGGCCGUUUAUGGAGCAAAAAUUCGUGCCCCACAUGCCCUGGUGAUGACGUUCCUGUUCAAGAAUGGAAGUUUAAGAGAGAAGCUGAAAUUGAUCGCUCAGGCUACCUACACUCAUUCCCGGAACUUGGCGUAUUUUGUGUUCAUCUACAAGGGGUUGAUGGCAUUACAGUCCCGGCUACUGGGGGAAAAAAUUCCGUUUCAUUCUUUCCUUGCAGCCUGUAUUGGAGGUUGGCUGGUGUUCGGUGAGAACAAUCCCAUCAACAGCCAGAUCAUUAUGUACCUGCUCUCUCGUAUCCUGUUCGGCUUGUCUCAGCUGGCAGUGAAGAAGGGCUGCAUCCCACAGCCAAAGCAGGAUCCCUUCCCGCUUGUGGCUGCUCUGGUAUGGGGGACAGUUCUCUGGCUCUUUGAAUAUCACCGGGAAACUCUGCAGCCUUCUCUGCAGUCCUCCAUGACCUACCUGUAUGACGACAGCGAUGUAUGGCAUGACAUUUCUGAUUUUCUCAUUUAUAACAAAAGGACAGACAGCAAGUAGGUGGUUCCUUGUAAAAGACCUUUGAGUGGGAUGGCACCUUCCAGCAGCGAAGGGAAAAGAUUAUUCUGUUGCCCUUGACUGGUGAUUUUUUUUAAUUAACAUCUGUCAAGCACAGUUGCCUCCUGCAGACCGGCCAAAAUGUUUUAGUCAGUCUUUUCUUGGCUCUGUUUAAAGCAAGUAAAUACCCCACAGAAACUUGAUGCAGUCCUCAGUGAGGGUAAAAUGCCUUGGGAAUCUUGAGUUAAAAUAAGUUGGUGUUUUGUUUUUUUUUUUUUAGAGAGGCCUCGUUUUCUCUACAAGUAUGCGUUUUCAUUUUUUAAAGACACUAAAUAUACUCACAAAAUGACAGCCUAACAGUAAGUGGGGAGUAUGUCUAAUCAUGAAAAAAAAUGUUCUAGGGAUUGUCUGAAUGCUCACAAGACAGAACCAGCUGUUGUGCUGCUGUGCUCACCGUGGUGUGAUGGGAGUGAGGGACCUGCUCAGGUCUGAAAGCUGGCACAUCAUUUCUGGGAAUAACUGGAAAUCUUGUUUAAACUAUCACAAGGACAGCUGUGCACUCCUAAAAAGAAUUUCUCUGUGGUUUUCCCCUCAGGGAGACAAUAAGAUAUAUGAGGAUAAAACUGUUAAGAUAACCUGGUACGAGCCUGGUAAAUCAGGCUCAGGAGGACUUAUUUUUGCUUGGUUUCUUUCAUGCAUUUGGGCUGAAUGUGGCCCUCUGCAAAGUGCGCUAAUUAAUACCGUGUAAUUAUUUUAAACUUACUUGUAAAGUUUUUAAAAGCUGCUUGAACUAAAUACCAAAAACAGUUACGCAACUUAAGCUCCUUUGAGAACAGGCUGAGGCGCGUUGCACGCCCUCGGAUAUCACACUGUCUGCUUUAUGCAGAGAAACAAGUAACACUUUUAACAAGCACUUUUAUUUUGGUGGAAGAUAAGCACAUGGGUUUCUCUUGGGUCCGGAAUCUGCCCUCGGCAGCAGUGCCGUGUGUCAGCUGUGAUCAAACUGAACACGUCUGUAGUUUGUGCAGCCUUGUUGCUGAGCCAGGUUGAGGCCACAGGUGAAAAUACGAGUGAAUCUUCGUCUUAAAAAUACACUGCAGAGCCCCAGGGAGAGCGCAGCACACGCUUGGGCGGAAGAUUGACUAGAUGGUUGGGAAAGAACAAAAAUUCCCUUAAAAUAAUAAAACAAGCUGUUAAUAGUACGAAGCACUUAGACUAUACCACGGUUAUAACACUAUACCAUUCACUUAAUGAUGUAUGUUAAAAAUACAUUGAAAUAAUCCCUGAGAUGGUGGCUUUAUGUGGUGAUUCACAGGAGAGUCACUAAGCACCUUGUGCUAACCAUUCCCUUUGUCUCAAUCAGGACUAUUUAUUCGUUCCUUUUAUAGCUCUCGUUUCAAAAAGGUCAGUUCUCCCUGUCCCCAUCCACUUUUCCAUCCUGACCUGACCCUGUAGUUUCCUCAUCCCCCUGAUGCUGUUCUUCAUCAUCUUUUGCAGUCUCCGUGCUCUGGGACUUUGUUGUAUUUUAUGGUAGGACUGAAACGGUACAUGUAAGUUCAGGUAGCUUCUGAGUAGCAAAAACAAAAUCUCAGUUUCUUCUUAAAUCAUUCUUUCUUAUCCUCCUAAGCUCUUCUAUUACUAUUUUGCAUCUUCUGAGUGCUGCUUUGCUCUUUAUUUUUCCACUCUCUGUGUCAGCAAGAGGGAGAGUUCAAUGUUCCCAUCCCCCUGCGCUGGUGCUGCGAUGUUUGGGAUUGAAUCGCGCUCCGAGUGUCUCAGAUGGAGUAGGAACAGAGUCUUCUGGCUCUUGAACCGAAUCUAGUGCUGGAUCUACCUGUGUUCGCAGUGAGAUCUUGCAGCUGCGUUGUGCUUAUUCCACGUAAAUCUGUGAUGUAUUUCUCUCUGGUGCCCACAACAACAGUUACCUGCAACUUUUAAUGUCACCUUCUGUUAUGGUCUGGACUGGCUACUUGAAUUUGCACACGAAUCAGUAAUUAAUCAGACCUCAGGAAAGCUAUAGAAGUUUGGAAUUGGUUUUGUUCCUUUGCAGUUAAGUACUUCAGUGCAGAUAAGCCUAAAGAUUCAAGUACAGAACAAAUACUGAAGCUGCAGGUGAGGUCUGAUUUCUUUAUGAAUACUGUCUCUUUAUUUGCAGCACUGCUGGGUAUCUGAAGCAGCGUGAGUGCAGCACUCUGUUUUUAUGUCAGAAGCCUCAAUAUUGUUCCAAAUAAGAAUGGUAACGUUCUGCUAAUAUUGCUGAAUUCCUACAAGCUUUGAUGGGAUUUCAGAAAACCCUUCCAGAAUCUCACAGCCAUGGCUUGAGAAUUUCUCCCUGGAACUACCAGACUUGCAAAUCCCUGACCGUGUAUAAUUAUUGUAGCAGAAGAUGGUGAGGCUGGUUAUGUGAACCGAGUGUCUGUGAGAAGUUUUUGAGCUUUUUAAUUUAUAGCUGGCAUUCCUUUCUCUGAAAAAGGCUUGUGAUUCCCUUAGAGGCGAAAUAAUGUCCUUCUAAUAGUUCCGCUGCUUGUGAAGCGCUUCUCUGGCCGUGUGAAGGACAAGUGACCCGUCCCGUCCUUUUUACGCUACCGUAGUGUGUUUGUAGGCAAAACCAAGCCAACGCAUUUUUCGUAUCCACCCGGCAGUGGUGGCCAUCAGUCGCCCUUGCUUCAAAAUGCCCUUUUUCUCUUGGGAAUCUAUCGCCAACCUCACUUUCAAAGCCAAUUGUGCCCGAGCAUCAAACCAUCUGUACUUGUGCUCCAGGAACCAGCUGCCGUCCCUGGAAGACAAACCGCGGCUGGUCCCGGGCGCGGGUCCCGCGUUGCAGCCGUCGUCAGCCGGCGAUGCGGACGGUUGGUUUUCCUGCUGCGCCGGGGCACGACGUUAAGCUGCAAGUCACUUCUUUCCCCAGGGAAGUAAUUGGAACAGUUUUUCAACGGCACCAGCCCGCACUGGUGUUCCUGUGACCAGAUAGCUGGGGAUGCGCCCCGUAUGCUCCCGAGGUGUCGGAACAAUGCGGGCGUGUAGUCAGGAAGUGAACUAGAAGUAAUUUGUCUGAGUCAGACUUUUGGGAUACAUAAGUUCCACUCCCUGCCCUCCCCCAGUGCAUUGUGUGAGGAAUUGAGUCCUCUGUUUGUGCUCCUUUUUUAUUAGCAUUAAAACCAAAAGAAAUAAAGAGACAGUUGGGAAGCCACCUGUGAAUUGGCCAAAUGCUGAAGAAUCACAAAGAAUUGCCAUUUUUUCCCCCCAGCCCUGAUGGGGUUUGAAUUUCAAGAUGAACAUGGUUUUGUUUGUCUCCAUCAACUUAUUUUACUGUGUUAUUUCUUCCCCAGCACCUGUGAGAUGCUGAGCGCCUCUAAAGAGGAGCAGCGUGUCACAACGCUUAGCUCAGUUUGUCAAAAAUGAGGAUUUCUGAAUAAAAUCAAGGUGUUCAUUUUAAAGUGAUGCUUCUCCUUUGGACUUUAAGCCUCUUUUAGAGGCAGUUUUAAAGGUUAAUGAAUCAAACUGAUCAAAAGUGUUCAGCAAGCCUUCAGUAGCAGACUGACUAUACUGAGCUAUUAAUCAUUUAUUUUAUGAAGGAACAAAGCAAACGCGGGGUUAUUUACUGCCGCUGCAUGCUGCCCUGGCAUACCCACUGUGCUUCCCUGCUCUUUGGAGGACAGCUUGUGAGCUUGUGUGCUGGCCCUCAGCAUCGCUGAGGAACCGUUUCCGGGACAGUUACAUUAUUUAACAAAGGUGAAAAUUCAAUGGGUGCGUGACAUUUGGUUUAGGUGAGGUUUUCUGUGCUGUGUCUGAUCCUUUCAGUUAAGGGGAGGAUGUUUCUGAAAGAAAAAGCUUGUGCUUGUCUAAUUAGCGCCACGGAGAAGUGCUCUUGGGGGUUGUGGCUGCUGUAAGGUGCAAACCUGUGUUCUCAGUGUGACAAUGUCCUUUGUCCCUGUUGCCAUCCCUGUGUCUGGGCAAUAACCACAGACAGCUGGAUCGGGGGAGAGGCUGCAGAAGAGCUUUGGUAUUGCUGCUACGAGGCUUUCUUGCCCUGGUAGAGUAGUUCAAGCUCUGCUUUAAACCGAGCUGAGCGGCGGCAGAAGCGUGGGGAUGGUCUCUGGCUGUUGACAGGGACCAAAGCGGGGUGUCCUUGGGGACCCCUGUGACAGCAGAGGGUCCUGGGAGCCGCUGUGGGUGGCUGGUGCUGGUGGAGUGACCAUAGCCCCAUGCGGAUCCUCUCGCCGGGAGGAACUGCUGUGACCCAAACCCAUUUUCACUGCAUCAGCACAAACACGACCUUUGGAUAAUGACCCGAGCCACACACGGUUCCCUUUGUGUUUGUUUUCCAGGACCGUGGCAACCUGAGCAGAAUGGGUUGGGUCUGCUGCUGCUGGUCCUGAAAUCCAGCAGAUAAGGGAGGAGAGAAAAUAAGGCCUAAUGCUCCGCAGCAUAAUGUCUGUCUGGCGCUGUUAAUAUUUUAGAGGUGCUAAUCUUGAAUUUUCAAAUUGCGUGUUCAUACAGGAUUGUUGGAGGACGUAACUUUUCUUCUCCACUUCAAAGAAUUUUCAUCUGUCUCAUUUCCUUAUGGGACCAAUGAUGAGGAGGGGGAAAAAUAAAUUGAAUGCUCUAUAACACAGGUGGCAUUACCUCUGCUUUUGGUAUAUAUUUUGGUUUUGGGAUUGCUGUGUAAUCCAGGCUCUGAUUUGCUGACAGCGCAGAAUAAAGCUAAGAACAUAAACUCAGGUAACUUGUAAUUACACCGAUCAGAAUGCUUGUAGAGGUGUUUCUCAGUUUUUGGUUUUAAAAUGUGCAAAAGAGGGGACGGUGGGUUGUUGAAGUAGCUCUGUCCACUGUGAAUUUAGUCCUUGGACAGUCGGUUUAGUACAUCGACCUAAGGCUUUGUGCCAGACUAAUUUUUAGAUUAUUUCUGUAUAAUCUCUUUUUGAAUAUCACAAUGCUGUGCUUUCUAUAGUAAUAAAAAAACUAAUUGUC